GGACGCGACUGAAAGGACUGCACAGAAAGCUGAAAUGGAGGCGGAACUAGCUACUGGUGGUUCUCGCCUCGUAGCCCGUGAACUCAGAACUCUUCCAGAACUGCUCUCUGCGCUCUCUAGAAUACAAUCGGAAGAGUCGGCGCUCUCUUCUGGUCUCUCUGCUUUGCUAGAAGCUCGAGAGCCGCUGAAGAUGUCUUUGGCUCGCCUGAGCUCGUUGAAGCCGCAGAUCCAUGGCCUUCGUGUCGAGGCCGUCAAUGUUUCCGAAAAAGUGGGGGUUACCGCCAAGACUGCUGAACGGGUAAGAGGCAAAGUGCAAGCCCUCGACGAAGAAAUGAGAAGGAUACGUGAGGCUUUGGAGCGUGUAGGGCUAGUUCUGGAUCUGAAAUCUUCCUUGGACUAUCUCCGCUCCGCUAUGGAGUCCAGAGAUUGGGAAUCCGCCUCAAGACACUGUUCGCGGGCCAUGUCUAUACCCGAAGACAUUAUCUGUGGCCGUUUCACAGAUGCGACUGUGCCGAGUGCCGAAUCGCAUCUUCCUCCGAUAGAGACAUUGUCGGAAGCGCGGAACUAUCUCCUGCACACUUUCCGGGAUAACUUUGAGCGAGCCGUUGCGGCCAGAGAUUCAGCCGGGAUAACUCGGUUCUUUAAACUAUUUCCUACUAUUGGUUGGGAAAAAGAGGGCCUAGCGGCAUAUUCAGAUUUUGUAGUCGACCUGGUGAGGAGCAGACCGAUAUCAUCGGGAAAGACUUCUUCGCCCAUGCAUUAUGUCUCUUCCCUCACUUCGCUGUUCGAAAGCAUUGCCAUUAUUGUUUCUCAGCACCAGCCUGUAGUCGAAAAAUACUACGGAGACAGCAAGAUGCGAUCAGUCAUUGAGCGACUUCUGGGGGAGUCUGAUAGAGCCGUUGUGGGGUUGGUUGAAAACUGGGAGGAAGACCGACAAGCCAGAAGGAAGCUUCAAGAUACAAUGAAUAUACACUUCCCCAGCCUCGUCACUGGCGCUCAAAGAAGGCAGGUGGCUGCGACAAUAGAGGUCGAAUCUGCUGAUCCACGUGAAAUUGACCAAUUCCUAUCCGAACUGUCCGGCAUGGUUGGACGGUGGAGCCUUUUCCAUCAUUUCCUUUAUGAGCGUCUCAAAGACACGGAGGCGCAAUCUCCCUCCGAUAAAAACGGCUCGAGGUCUAGUGUUACAUCAUCUGAUAUUCUAACCGUCCUUCAAGCUACAAAAUCUGCCUCCAUUUUCGAUAAAAUCGUGUCAACUUAUUAUCUCCCGCUCGAAUCCUGGUAUCUCCGUGCCAUCAUUGACAAAUCACAUCGUCUUUCUGCCAUCGACUCUUCGGCCACCCCUCCACAGAACACGACACCGGAUGACGUUUUCUACGUCCUCAAAGCGGUUCUGACCAGAAUGAUAAGUUUAGGGACGUUGAGUCAUCUGAAGGAUUUAUUGUUGAUGGUGAAAGCGACUCUGGAAAGGGACUAUUCGGCAAUAAUCAAAACAAAAAUGGAUGAAGUUUACACCAGCAAGCCGGGGUCCACUUCAGUGAAGACCGAGAAAGCGGAGAAAGAAAACCGAAUUGCGUUCAUGAUUCUGUUAAAUGACUUAUCAAUAUCCACGAGUCAUACAGAGACGCUUGUUCGGAACCUUAUUUCAUCUACACUCAUCACCCAAAGCUAUCUUGACAUUGAGGUAGAAACUGCUCAGAAAACAGUGUCAUCCCUCCUUGGCAUAACCGGGACGUUCAAAUCUGUUCUCCAUGCUGGAAUUGAGCAGCUGUUCAACCAACUCAUCCGACCCAAAUUACGCCAAUUCGUUGCCGACAUUUACAAAGACGUUUCAUACAACCUUGACCAGGACGCACAUACUGCUGCAGAAUACAAUGAUGUGGUUCGGAAACGCUUUGCCAGACUAUGGGGCGCUUUACUUGAUGGCUUCCAGGACACAUUGACGGGAGGGAAUUACCAUCAAUUCUUCCUCCUCACUGUAGAAGUCCUUACUCGCCAUUGGGAAAAACAGAUAUUAACCAUGAGAUUUUCGGAGUUGGGGGCUCUCCGCUUCGAUCGUGAUCUCCGUUCCGUAUCAGGCUAUCUAAGCACUCUGGCAGAGUUCGGUGACGGCCGGGAAAAGUUCCAACGACUCCAACAGAUCUCGACAAUUUUGAACCUAGAUGAGGAAGAGGAUGCAGAUGAAUUUUAUAGUGGUUCGGGUAUUGUAUGGAGAUUGAGCGCUAAUGACGUUAAAACCAUCGUGGGUUUGAGGACAUGAACUGAAUCUCAUCGAUUUAAUUUUUGCCGACUUCCGUGCUCCAACCGUGAGCCUCGCUUGUGUAUCUGCCAGGCGUUACUGAAGACGGCCAUAGAGGUACGUGCAACAAGAUUACUGUCUCGGACUCGAGAACCCGGAAUUCCGAAAUCUCCGCUGCCCGCUUCGUGUGUUUCCAGCAAAUAAAUAUACAGUCCACACCCAAUCAACUGUUCGGGAACUAGUGUCUCGUCUGAAGAGUCGACCGGCUGUGACUUGGUUCUUCAACUAAACGCUACAGUCAUGCAUAUUCAUUACCAGAUAGAUAGAUAUCGAGUGAGGGAGAUGCCCGACGCCCCUAUGCUUGUAUAAGC